GAUCACUUGUCGGUCAGUAUAAAAACAUAAAUAUUCAAAUACCCCUUAGUGCCUUUUACCUCAUAUUAAGAACCAGACGUGUUUGGAACAUGUACAUUGUACUGUUAACCUCGCUCGCUGCGACGCUCGCGGUGUGCACUCCGGAACCUCACAGCUUCAACUUGGACGGGACUCAUAUCUCUGAACCAUGCAACUUGUACGAAGAUGUGUCAGAGAAUUUCCGCAAGGACUUGUACAAUAUCACUCUUGUAACAUACCAGGCACUCGCCCGACGCAGUGAUCUCAACUACGUGUACUCUCCUCUCUCGAUAUGGCUUACAUUGGCCGGCUUGGCCGAGGGAGCGGACUACCACACCCAGCAACAGCUGUUCAACUUCUUGAAACUCUCCCCUGACGCCUGCAGCCGACAGAAAUACUACCGGCAGGCUACUUCCCGCAUCAUCCAGUCUGAUGACAUCAGUAUUAUCAACAAUCGUAUCCUACUGAUCGAUGCUGGCGUCAAACCCAACCCGACCUGGUACGACCUCGUGUUGAAGAACAACCUCCUUGAGGUACUCAGCGCUCCUUUACGAAGCAAUCCUAUCUUAACUGCUAUUGAGGUGAAGCAGUUGACGAAUAUUCAUAAUACGGGACUUGACUUAUCAGGAAACUCAAUUGUUCUGGACACAGUCGACUAUAAUGCUCUUUGGACAACGGAGUUCGAACAUGCGAGGAUCGAACGAGCUCCCUUCUUCAGCCAAACUGGACAACACACAGGAUACGUGGAUUUAAUGAGAAUGAAGAAACGUGCGAGGUUGGCGCACGUCAAGAGCGUGAACGCGAAGGCACUGGAGUUACCGGUUGGUAAGGACGAGCGGUAUAAAAUGGUGUUCGUGAUAUUCCUGGAAACACCUAAUGUGCACCAUAAGCUGAAUAUAUUGGACACGAGUGUUGCGUACGAAAUGUUCGAGAUGUUCAAGACUAGCUACGUGCCGAUAGAGGUCGCUAUACCUCGCGUGCUGAUCACCAGCGAGGUGGACGUCAAGUCGAUGCUGGAAGAAUUUGGAAUCACAAGUUUGUGGAACGAUCCUGUGGCCACGAGGAACAUAUCAAGUCCUGCAGCUCUGCCGAGGAGCUACGUGCAGCGCACCGCCCUGACGUUGGACAACAGAGGGCUGCUCCCGCCGCCGCCGCCAGAAAUACUCGGCCCGCUCGACACUCCAGUCACCGGCUUGGACCCCAAGCUUGGAAACGAGUUCAUAGCAAACCAACCCUUCUUCUUUGGACUGUUCGACUCAGAGUCCCUUACAUGUGUUAUUGCGGCUGCGUUCACCGCACCUACUUACAGAUUUUAAAACAUGUUUUUUUUCAUUUGUUUAAAAUUUUAUUUUGCGUAUAUCUGGGAAGAGUCUAACGAUUUGGGCAUUGUGAUUUAAAGCUAUGGAUUAUUUCACAUUUCUUGUUAAAAACACAAAUAUAACGCAUUUACCUAUUAAGUAUUAAAAAUAAUGUAUUUGUAUACGAUUUAAAGAAUUUAAUAAUGAACCACACAAUAAAAUAAAGGACGAUCGUAAAAUUGCGACAAAUAGUCCUUUGACAUU